AUGGAAGGGCUACAAGAUCACGAGCAACUUUUGAGUCUAGGGCUUGCAAUUGUAAUUAAUUAUGGUCGUGAGAGAAAGAUGAAAAGAAAGAGGAUGGAUAGAUUUUUGUCUUUGGAUACGAAUGGAGUCUCAGAAGGAAAGAUCUUUAGUUUUCUGGAAAUUAGGGAGAUCAUGUUAAAAGAAAAAAAGACAGGAAAAGGGAACAUUGAUGCAGAUGGAAAAGGGCUCCAUUUGAUCCAUUUAUUGCUAACAACCGCUACCUCCCUUGACGAGAAUAAACUUGACUUGGCUAUUUUAGAAUCUCCGAAAAUUGUAUCAAAAUAUAUCUUUGAAUGGCGACUCUGUGCAAAGGGUGGCAGCUUAUUUUGCCGACGGAUUGGUGGCAAAGCUUGUGACACGCCGGUCGCCUUUUCAUGCAAUGAUAAUGAAGGAACCAACACCCGAAGAUGA